CCCCAUACGCAUACACCAACAUCGUAUUUUGGUCUCCACAAUCACAAUACCAUGUGUAAGAAUGACGGGAGUUCUUGCCGCGUGUGCUCUGCUCGAGUCAAAGUCACCCAAACAAGCCUUUUGGCAAUAUUAGAAGUGAAUAAUGGCUCGGUGUCCAAUCGCAGCCCCUCAAUUGUGUUCGUCAUAAGUCACCAUUUAUAG